ACGGGAAAACGCCGACCGUCACUUCCCGAAUAAUACAACACUGUAUGCACAUUUGAAAACUGACUCGUGAUAUCUCCUCUUUUGUUCUGCCUGCUCUGUUGCAGUGGGCUUGGUGAUGUGUUUUGACAAUAACUUGAGUUUUACCCACAGAAAUCAGGUAAUCUAUGCACUUAGAUGGAUUCAAGUCACUUCAAACUCCUAUUCUGAAACAAGAUAUUUCAGAAGGGGCCCUUGCUGUUUGUUGCUGGAAUCCACAGGCACACUCUCUGUGACAAAUGGAAAACCAAAAUUACCCUAUCAGGGACCCCAGGGGGGGCUCAUGUCCUCAUUUACCUCAUCUGGGAUCACAGGAGCAUCCUUUCUACCCACAUCCAUCCCAUGCAUUGGUCUCAGAAGCAUAUCCCAGCCUCUCCACUGGGUGCCUGCCACCUGUCUCACUGGCCCUGUCCCUGGCUGAGCUCCCCCACUUAGUGGCACAGGUUGGCCCUGAGGUGGCCAUUGCGGAGUCUCUGUGGACGGAGGGGCCCCACCUGAUGACCUCGGCACUGGGAGUCGAUAUUCCUGUUAAUGCUGUAAAGGUCCAGCCUGUGGAGGAGACAGCAGCACAUGCUGCAGGUUCAGCUGUGCCACUGGGGAAGGCCACAGAUGCCACCUCAUCUAGGCUGAAGGCCCAGCCUAGGAUGGAGUCUCUGACAGGCAUGGAAGUGUGGGAGAUCUUGACAACAAGGAGACACUUUGGAACGUUUCAGUUUGUGCACUUGAAUGUUGUGGAUGAUACUUCUCACAGACCCUAUGACCUGCAUGUGGUCCCUCGCAGCCAAGCUGGGAAUGAGCACUAUGUCUUUUCCCCCACCUCUGUGCUGCACGUGCGGGACGGCUGCUGUGUGGGCCUCUGCACUCUGGCCGAGUGGCAUCGGGAAGCCAGGCUGUGGGGGGCGCUACAGGACAUCCCCUUUUUCAGGGUCUUUAGGUUACGCAAGACUUUCUCCUGCUGGCGCAGGAGCAUACGACAGGGUAUUCUUCACUGCAGGCGCAAGAUGCUGCAAAAACAGCUGCUGAUGGCUGUGCCCCAGUUCAGAGAAGCACUUAUCCAGCUGAACAGGCUUAUUGAAGAGCUGAAGCAGGUGCACUGGUUACCUCAGGAUGCCUCCAGGACCUACACACUUUUGGAUUUCCAGAAUAUUCUCAGCAAGCAAAACCAUGAAUCACGGAGGAUGCUAGCAAAGCUCCUGAAAUAUCAAACUUUCAUACUGCACCUGGUUUGGGAGGAAAGCUAUGCAACAAAACGAGAUGUUCAGCUGCAUGUCGAACGUCUCCAUCUCCGCCAGGACAGCCAUUCCCUGCACCAUCAACAGGCACAACUGCGCAGCCUGCAGAAGGAGCUCGGUCAAGCCAAUCACAUGCUACAGCGACUCGGAAACAUGGCCACUCUGGCCAAUCAAAUGAUUGUCCAGAACCUUGUCACAAUCAUCUCUUCAGAGGUGAAAUCAUUUGUCAUCAAUGCCUUAAAGAGACAGCAGCCCCAGCAAGCCAGCCUUUUCCAGGCAGAGCUGAGGUUUGGGUCCUCGGGUCAGCUGACCCUCCAUCCACCUGUGCAUCUCUUCCAGGAGGCCCUGCAUAGCGCGGUGCUUUCUGUGGGCGACUCUGCCUUACAGGUUUUUGACAGCAGCAGAGAUUCUCCAGACUACAGCACUACUGGUCUCUCAGGAACCAAAGAGCCCAGUGCUUCCCUGGCUCCCAGUUUGGUGUUGCCAAAGCUUAACCCUCUGCAUGUGGAAGAGCAGAGCUUGGGAGAGCAGUACUAUCCACUGUUUGGGAAUCAGUUGGAAUGGCAGCUUAGCCUCAAAGCUGACACACAGCAAGCUGAGGGAAAACAGGCCAAAAUUACACAGGAGGCUCUGGUGGAAGUACUACAAAUGUGUGAAGAUUACUCCUGGCUGGUGGACAUCAAUUUGUUCACCAGCCAAUGGAGCAGAGCCAGGCUGGAGGCCCCGAGGUCUUGCGACCACUAUGGGCAGCAGGUCCUACAGGUGCGGUCAUGGCAGGAGAAGUUACUGUCUGUUCCUGCAUUCUACACCACCUCCAACAACCUGCUGACAGUCCACUUUUCCCACCUUCUGGAGAAUAUAGUGCCUGUGCUGAGCUCCAUUGAGGAGGACAUGUUGACCCUACUGGUAGGUGAGCUGAAGCAGCGGUCAGACAGCCUGAUAUCAGAGCUAAGCAAAGCUGUGGAGGACCUGAGGAUGGAGCCUACAGACCUCAGUGAUUAUACUCUCUAUGCCAGCAUGGUGAAGAGCUGCCAGAGAAUGUCCGAUGAUUUCGAGCAGCAGCUGGAGCAGCUGUGCUCCCUUCAGGAGACUCUUCGCCUGCAGUAUAGGGCUCUGAAUGCAGAGGAGACCCAGCUGGAGAAGCAGUUGCUGCACCUGUGGAAAAACUUUAAGCCCCUGCUAAAAAGGGCUUCAGAAAAACUGAACGGCCAUUUGCCUUUCCUGUCCAACACCCUGGACAGUACCUUCCACUCUCUGCUCCAAGAGCUCAAGGCUCUGCUAUCUAAGGCAACUUCAGGUCCAUAUCUGGAUCCCUCCCAAAAGGCCACCCUCAUGGUGUCCCAGCUGGACGCCAUCUGCAAGCACUUCUAUGUUGCAUCAGCACGCCUACAAGAGCUGAGCUGCAGCAGUGAGAUGCUCAGGGGGGAGCAACUGGACUUGAGCUUUGUGGAGGCAGCAAGGAUUAAGCUGGAGGCGCGCAAAGGAUUGUGGGAACUGCUGAGUGCCUGCACAGCUCAGAUCCAGGAGUGGAAACUUCUGAUGUUCGAGAAGUUUGUGGUACAGAGAGCCCAGGGGAGAGUCAGAGAAUGGCUGCAGCAGGCUGAGGAGAUGGCCAGGAGCAUCCUGCCCAGUGACGCUGUGCUCAGUAGUGCCCAGCAGCUCCUUCAGGGCUUCAGCCAGCAGCUCUCAAUGCUGGGCAACCUUAGCAGCCCCACAAUCAAGCACAAACACUGGAGGAACAUCCUGAAAGCAAUGGACCUUCUCUGCAUCACUGAGAGAGACUUGACUGUUGCCGUCUUCUUAUCCAAAAGGCUGUUGGAACACCAGGAUGAAAUCAGUAAAAUUUGUGGAGAAGCCAAGGCCGAAGCCAACAUGAGGGAGGCGUUUCAGGAGCUCAGGCGCCAUUGGGAGCAAACGCAGUUCUGUCUGACCAGCUUUAUUAUGACAGAGUGGGGGGAGGAGAAUCCAUGGAAGACUGUUCCCACCAGCCACAUUGAGCAGCCCGUAUCCUCCAUGUCCUGUGAUGGCGGCACAUUUACCAUAAUUGGUUGGGAGGACCUUCUGACUCAAACUGAAGACAGUGUGAUGACGUUGUCCACCAUGCUUAUGUCAGCACAUGUGGCAGAAUUUAGGCAAGAAGUGGAAUACUGGGUUCAGCUGCUGCAAGAGCUCGAUGAGCUGCUAGGUUUCUGGGAGAAGUAUCAGCAGAGAUGGGUCUUCCUGAGCAAAAUGUUUUAUGAGACAGGUGUAAACAUGCAGAAACCAGAUCUGGUUGAGAGGUUCUGUCAGGUUGAUAUGACAUACAGGGAGAUGGUUCAGACCAUAGCAACAGACCCCCAUGUGCUCAGCAUCGUGCAGCCGGUGGAUGUGAAAAGACAGGGACGCUUCCAAGGGCCAAGUCUGCUUGCAGUCUUUAUGGAGGGAUUGUCUGUCAUGGAAGGGAUCUGUAACCAGCUGCUUCUCCUCCUAAACUCACCACGUAAAGAAUUCCCUCGACUCUGCUUCCUCAGUGACGGGGAGGUGAACAAGCUUCUCUUCCUUCACCCCACGCCGUCCCUGUUACUUUCAACAGUGAGGAAAUGUUUCCGAGGUGUGUGCUGGCUGAAGGUUAAUGCCGGCAGCACCGAGAUUAUUCACCCUAAGGAGAUGGACAUUAAUAGUAGCAUUGCACUGACUAAUACACAGCUGAGGGUUUGGGGUGUAAUUGGACCUCUGGGGGAACAGGUGAGCUUUCUCCAGGUCCUGGAACCCAGUGUUGAUGCCGUGGUUUGGCUCAUCCAGCUGGAACAGCAGCUACAGUGUGCAAUGGUGCAGCUGACAUAUCAAUGUACAGCUGUGCAGGAGUCACCUGAGCCUUUAGCUAAAGAUAAAAUACUGGAAGAUGUACCUUCACCCAGUGGUCAAGGUUCACCCACUGGCCUCAGUAGGCAGGACAGAGGGCAGAAAUCAAAAGAAGCUGACAGGCUUACUUCAUUCUGGAACCUUCUAUUAGACUUUCCUCUGCAGUGUGUGCUCCUGGCAGAAGAAGUGUUAUGGCGCAGAGAGAUUGAGGAAGCUUUCCUGAACCCAGCGCCAAGUAAGAAAAUCAGUCUACGAACCCGUUAUACUGCGAAACUGAAAAUAUUAUGUCGCAUGAUCCAGAAUGGUUUUGCUGGCUUCGAUGGAAGAUUCCAGGAUUAUUACUGUACUACAGUGCUACAAGCUCUGAUUCUACUCGCCAUAAAGCAUAACCGUCAGAUUGAUGGGCUCCUGAAUCUAAAGGCCAACUUGGAGUCAUCUUUUGAGUGGCAUAAGCUAUUGAAAUAUCGAUUCAGUGUCGGGGAUCAAAGUGGGCAGAGUAAUUUAUCCAUGACUCAGGGGGAUAAUGAAUUAAAGAAGCAAUACUGCUUUGUGGACAUCUUGGAUUCCCAGUUCCCCUAUGGUUAUGAGUACCUGGGCCCAGAUCAAUGGAUUAUGGUUAAUACUCUGUCCUCAGACAGAGCGGCUAUGGGGAUCCUUCUCGCUCUGAGUACCUUCAGGUGUGCUUUUGUCAGUGGGCUCAGUAUGUCAGGGAAGAGUAAGACUGUGGCCCACCUUGGUGCAGCACUUGGGCAGCCAGUGGUCACUUUGCAGUGUUCCCAGACUACAGCUCCAGUGGUUAUUCUGAAUAUGCUUCUAGGUGCCCUGCAGACUGGAGCUUGGCUAGUGCUAGACGCUGUGGAUUCUUUGCUGCAGGGCACACUGUCUCUCCUGGGGCAACAUCUGUCUGAUAUUCAUGUGUCACUCUCAGCUAUGCAGGGCUUUGGUUGGUGUGAGCAUGCGUCUGAGGAGCUCCGCUGCUGGGGGCAGAUAUCGUUGGCAGGGAAUCCAGUUUCACCCAGAUUUGGCUAUGGCUGUGUGAUAAUUUCAUCAAGCCGUCACAUAUCUGAUGUUCCAGAGAAUUUUCGACUUGCCACUCGGCCCGUGUCCUUGGCUAAGCCGGACUACAGGCUCAUUGCUGAAGUGUCACUGACUGCCCUGGGAUUCUCAGAAUCUGCCUCGCUCAGCUGCUGCCUGGUCACUCUUUGUAGCCUUGCAAAGGAUUCACUCUGUUUCCCAGAAUUCCUCACUAAUGGUUCAUCAUCUUGGCUUCUUCUUCUGAAAAAAGUAAUUGAUGUUGCUGGAGUAUACCUGUAUCAGCUUUGCAAAGCCUGGCUAAACGACAAGGACAAUGUAAUCAGGGGGAAGCUGGGACAAGGGACGUACUUGUCAGGCACAGCUCUAAGACUGGAAGAGGAAACAGAAAGUGAGGGCAAAGAUCCACUUAUGGGCCACCUCAGAUGCAGCCGCCAGGCCUCUGCCCUUCUGCAUGCAGUAGUUGAGGAGCAGGCCGUCAUCAAAGGUGUAAAAUCUGUGCUCCUGUCAGCCAUAUCUGACCCCAGAAAGGCCUCGCACUUCUGCACCAUUUUUGAAGAGAUCUUCCAAGCUGCUGCCUGCCCUUCCCUUUAUUCACAGUACACAGAUGAGGCUGAGCUGGUCAUCCUCAGGACAGCAGUGAAUGAGGAGCUACAGGAAAGUGGCCUGCACCCUGAUCCCAUAAUGCUUUGCAAUGCAUUAUCACUGUAUCAGGCUCUGAAACGUGACCAAACAGUGUUAUUAGUGGGACACCCAGGAAGUGGCAAGACAAUGUGUUACAGAGCUCUGUCUGGAGCUCUAAGGAAGCUGGCAGCACAGUUUCAACAGGAUGUUAGUAGCGAGUGCAGGAGUUCUGAUAUGGAGCAGAAUUCCCCAAACUGGACGUCUGUUAACACAGUUCACAUAUUUCCUAAUAGCUUAUCCCACAAAGAAUUCUGGGGAAGCUGGAAUGAGGGGCAGGAUUGUUGGUGUGACGGGGCAUUCACGAAAGAGCUUAGAGAUUCAGAGUCACGAUGCUUCUCCAUCACCAGCCAGGUCCCGAAGGUAAAAUGGCUGGUUCUGGACGGGGAUCCUGUGGCUCAGCCGGGUUGGCUGGAUCCGUUCAGCACCAUAUGCAAUCCUGAAGAUCCUUUCCUGUCCCUUCCAACUGGAGAAAAGAUACGUCCAUCGCUAAGGGAACUAAAAAUUCUGGUGGAGGUGUCAAACCUGGAAAAUGCAUCGCCAUCAGUUAUCACACGCUGCAGCCAUGUAUACCACUCUGGGAAGGAAAUAUGGAGAGCUGUGUGGAAGGCAGAGCUGCAAGCCCUCUACAGGGAGCAGGGUCUCGACGAGGUGACUCUGAGGAUGUGGACCCGACUGUCAGAAGACUUGUUUGACAGCACCCUCAUCUUCCUGACACGCGAGGUGUCUGUGCUGCCUGAAGAUGGACAAGAAAAACUCAGCAGAGGGGUUGUGUAUGGGUUACAGGAAGUGAUGUCAUUUAUUAGAAUCCUCCAUGCAUUCUUGGUGCAUUUUGGGAAUGGCAGUACAUUGACACCCCAAACCUAUAAUAAUGAAGUGGCUGCACAUCCACAGUCCCCUGCAGAGCCGGUGGUAUCCUCUGGCCCACAGGAGCAGCAGAUGCGGAACCUCUUUGUUGUAGCCUACAUCUGGGGCUUUGGGGGACACCUGAAUCCCAGGUAUUGGCCCCGGUAUGAUGCUUUUGCCCGUGAAGCCCUAUACCAAAGCUGCUACAGGGUGGAGGUGCCUGCUGGGGGGCUGAUAUUUCACCAUUUUAUCAACUUUAAUGAGGGGCCCCAAUGGGAGGCCAGCACUGGUAUCUGUAGCACUGGGAAGAGAAGCCUACACCUUUCCUACCCUAUCAUCCCACAGUAUGAGAAGCAUGCCUUCCUGUUAGACCUGAUGCUAGAAGCCCGUCAGCCAGCACUUGUGAUAGGGGAGAAAGGAUCAGGAAAAACCACACUGUGCCGAUCCUUACUGAGCCGGGAACGACCACAUCGGCGCCUCCCUGCAAGCCCCUGCCUGACGACCGCUGACUUACGAGGAAUUCUGGAGAAUUUGGGAUGCCAGAAGACAAAACUGGAUAACAUGCCUGUCGGUGUUCAGAAAGUUGGAUGCCUGCUGUUUGUAGAUGAUCUACACAGUGCCCCUUGUGAUGAUUUUGGGACUUCUAUGGCUCUGGAGACACUGCGUCUCUCCAUGUCCAGAGGAGGUGUGCUGACCUCUAACGGCCUCCGUUUCAAGCUCUUCAGGUCAGGAGCUUUCAGCUACCUGGCUACCUGCAGCACACCUGGAAAGGACCACCUCAGCUAUGGUAGCAUCACGCCACGCUUAUCACGUCUCUUCUCCAUCUUUACGUUACCUGACCUGUCAGAAGAUGUCUUGUUCUCUAUACAUCAUCCCAGACUGCAGCCGUGGCUGAAAGAGGUCCAAAUCACGCCCCAUCUGAAAAACGUAUCUGCCUGCAUCAUUUCUGCAACUCUUGACCUGUACCAUCUUGUGCAAGAGAAAUUUCCCCGCAGCAUGGAAAGGCCCUACCUCAUGUUCUCCCCAUGUGACUUACAAAAGGUGUUUCUAGGGAUGUGCCUUUGGGGUCCACAAAGAUCUACCAGACAGCCGACCAGCAGCAUACACACGUCAAUCUCACAGUCCUCGUUCUAUUUACACCCCUUCACGAUGGCUACUCACGGGCCUUUAGCUGACUUGCUCACUAUUGUCCGCUUGUGGAUGCACGAGUGCUUGCGUACAUUCGGGGAUCGCCUCUGCUCUGAGCAGGAGAAAAAACUGCUGAUGUCGCUUAUAGUUCAAGUUUCUGAAGUGACCUUUGGUGAGCGGGAACCAUCCCAGCAUCCCGCAGGCAAACUGGGCACUGAGCCUAGCACUGUGUGUUCAGCCCCAGUUACGGAAAAAACACAUUUGAAGAAGAGUCCACGUGCUUCAGGCAAAUACAGAAACACACAAGGGGAAGAGUGGAUCUCAUCCAGCUCAGAGAUUGAGCAUGAAGACACUCAUGGCAACUCAAAGGAUUUCCCAUUUAAGGAAACCAAUUUUAGCUCCAGAGUCAGUUGCUUUCUAAGCAAGGAGGAACUACAGAGUGAAAAAUUCUCUAAGAGUUUUGAAAAUGAUAACGUUUCCCAAGGAAUAAAAGAAGAAAUGACGAAAGAUAUGAAGCUAAAAAACCUUGGGCUUCAACCAAACUUUGGACCAAUGUCUGAUGAUAUGUCAGACCCUUCAGUGUUAUGGCCUUCCCCCCCUAAACAGACUAAGCCACUGGACAAGUCUGAUUGGAAGAGAAGUUUUAAAUUGGUUGGCCAGUGUCCACAGAAAAGUGUCUUAAACCCAGUAACAGUGACUACACAAAAUCCCGCUCUUUGCUUGGUUCCUUUGGAUCUGCUCCGGGGCAUGGAGAUCACUGUCCAAGAUGCAGUCUUUAGCCCCGAGCUUUCUGAACAAGUGCAUUCCUCAGCUCAGCAGAACUUCAAAUAUAACACCGCAUACCUAGAGCGGGACCCAGGUAUACUGGACCAACAGCUGCGAAGAAUCAUGAAACUCAGAGUGGAGACGGAAUUAACUGAGCCAGGCAUCAGCUGCCAUGGUUAUGCUAUGUUCGGGCAGAGACUGCACCAGCUGGCACAUGUCCUCCGUGCCUUGCUCAUUCCUGGGGGGCAUGGUGCCUUGUUUGCAGCAGCAAAGGGCACAGGGCGCAGGACCAAUGUGCGACUCGCGGCCCAGCUAACAGGCUGCCGACUGCUGGAGGUUCAUGCUGGUAAUGAGGCAAUGUUACACCAGUUACUGAAGGAGGCUGCCACCCGCAGUGGGCUGCAUGGCAGUAAUGUGGUUCUAUUAGUGCAUGAUGAUGUCAGCCAGCCUAUCAGAGAUGAGAUUCUGUUAGCUAUGGCCAAUGGCAGCUUUCCGGACCUCCAUUCCAAUAAGGAACUGAAGAACAUGAUAAAGAAAAUCAAUGCAAAGAUAAUGAACUCAUGCAAUCAGCUGAGGGAAGAGGAAGGGCUAGCAAAAUUCUUUCAUCAGGUCGAACAAAACAUGCAUGUGUUCCUGAUCAUGCCUCUGGAGUCCAAAAUGUUGGAGCAAACUAGGAAACUCUUAUGGAGGUCCAUUGCCAGGGCCUUGGAGCUCUGCUGCUGUGUGGAGGUCUACCAGCCAUGGAGUACUCAGUCCUUAAUAGAGGUUGCUGCUCAUCACCUGAAGCAGAACAUACAGGCGUCUGAUUUGGGUGUCCAGGUGGACAGUGCUACCUGGCUGAGCUCAGUCCCCCUGAUCAUGGCAGGAAUUCACCAAUCAGGACUGGCGUACACAGAGACUCUGCUUCCGCAUAUGCACCUUUACAGCCCCCAGACACACGCACAGCUCAUGGAAAACUUCAUCUACUUAUGCAGACAUCUAUCUGAUAAGAUUAAGGAUGAGGCCAAGAAAAUGACCACAGUUCUAAGUCGUUUGAAGGACAUGAUGAACGAGGCUGAUCAGUACAGAGAGGACGUUCUGACGAUCAGAACCAAGUUGACUAAAGCACAACAGCUCCACAGCCACCUGCAGCAUGAGGUGAAGACGGCACAGGAGCUUUAUGAUCAGGCACGGCAGGACCGCCUGCUGGGGGAGGAGCAGCUGGCCGGCCUGGAGGGGCACAAACGGCGGGCAGAGCAGCAAGUGGAUGACGCCUUUCAGCAGGUGAGUCCUUUGUACCAAGCCGCCGUGCAGGCAGUGCGGUCUCUCAGCCAAUCAGACGUGAACGAGGUGCGACACUACAGGCAGCCCCCAGGCGGCGUCAUGCCCGUCAUGGAUGCCAUCUGCUUGCUGUUCGGCUGCCCCAGCGGCUGGGAGAGCAGCGUGCAGCUCAUGUGUCAGCCCAACUUCUUCCAGGAGCUGGCUGUCUAUGACCGGUCCAGGGUGCACGGCCAGCUGUUUGAGGCCCUGCAGCAGAUGGUAGAGCGGCCUGAGCUGCAGCCUGAGGCGGUGCGUGGCGUGAGCCGGGCCUGCGAGUCGCUGUGUCUCUGGGUACACGCUGUCUACCAGCACGCCUGCGUGCAGCGCCACAUGGCGCCACAGGAGGCGCACCGUGCUCAGCUGCGGGCCCGUCUGGCAGAAUGCCAGACCCAGCUGCAUCUGCUCCAAGUGCAAGAGGAAAGCGCUCACCGGCUGCUACGGGACUCAGAGAAGCGUCUGCGGGCUGCUGAGGAGGAAGGGGAGGAGCUUAAAGAAUGGCUGCACCAAUCAGAAAGCUGGGAGCAGGAAAAUGCUGCUGCCAUUCGCUGGCUGGAUCCGCAUAUUAAGGCCUGGAGAUCUGCGGCCGAGAGGACAGAGGAGGCUGGUAAGACAGCCCCAGGUGACGCUCUGAUCUUAGCCGCAGCUGUAACCUACCUGGGGCCUUUCGGGCCGGACGUGCGGUGCGAGCUGCUGGAGAAGUGGGGUGAGCUGUGCUGCUCAGGCUGGAUCAGCCCCACCCCUGAAGAUCCCAGGAGAGCGCCGCUCAGUCCUCCAGGGCCCGUCCCAGCAAACGCAGCUGGCUUUGUGCCCAUGCCAGUGGCCAGGGACGUGCUCCUCCCUCUGUCCCGAGCUGUGGGCGUAGCUCACGGGGCACAUCCGAGCUCCAAGCCCUGACUGCUGAUAAAAUUGCUGUUGUGGGGACACCGGGUCCAUUGUGCACGACACUGGCCCCUAAUGGCAGAUGUGCAGCAGCGCAACAAGCUCAGCUCAGCGGAUAAGGGAUGGACAGUUGGGUUCUUUAUGAAGGACUGCAGUGCUUGGGAUGGGAGGGGUUAUGAUUUAGUUGUUGAUGCUAAUGACCCCACCCUGCUGGACAAGAUAAGGCAGAGUGCAGAAAAAGGCAGUUCAGUGCUGGUCACACAUGUGGAACUGGCUCGUCCGUCCCCCGAGCUCCUGCGCCUCCUGCUGCGCCCCAGCAGCCGGGCCCCACCUCUGAGCUCACUUCCUCAGACUGUCCACCCCGAGUUCCACCUGGUCCUCAGUACCCCCUUGCCUGUGCAAGCUCUACAGCAUGAGAUCCACCCCUCGAUACUGGCCAAGGUGCAGGUGAUCGACUUCUCCCUGGGUGCGGCCGAGGUGCAGGACGUCCUCCUGAUGGAGAUGGUGCAGACCAAAUGCCCUGGGCUGUGGAAGCAGCGACGUCUCUUCUUAAGAGAUCAACAGGCUCUACUGGACAAACUGCAACAGGAAGAGACCUCCUUACUGGAGCACAUCCGUCAGUCAUUCAGCCCAGUGUUGCAGGACCUGCACUUCUGUCCCCUAGUGUCCACUUAUCAGAAUGCAGCCUCAGGCCUGCAGGCCGAGCUGGCGGAGGCGACCCUGGGGGUGGAGCGCCAUGAUGCCAUGCUCGCUGCCUUCCAUGGGGCAGCCAGGCUGGCAGCGGACCUCUAUCGGGCACUGCAGGAGGUCGCUCGCCUCUGCCCACUUUACCGCUUCCCGCUCUGUGACUUCCUGCAGGUGGUGAAGGAGGCCAUCGUCCUAAAUGAGCACCUGGAUGCAAACAGCGGAGGGCAGCUGCCAGCCGCCACGGUGAUGGCGGCGAUCACGGACUCGCUCGCGCGCCGCGUGCUGGGGCACUACCAGCCCCACCUCUUGCAAGACCAUGUGACCCUGCUGUGGCUGCUGGUGUCUGUAUCUCUUUGCCAGCACGACGAGGGCUCCUCUGAAGCUGAAAGGGUCGCCUUCCUCCAUGGACUGGCAACAGAGCCCUCACCUGAGGCUAAUGAGCCAAAAGCUCUGACUUCGCCCUGUCCCACUUGUGAACCAUCAUGGAUUCCUUUGCACACACACUCAAAGGUGCUCUGCCUGGAGAAGCUGCCCCCGUUCGCAGGUUUACUCUCCUCCCUGCAGGCGUAUCCUGAGCGAUGGCGGGAGUAUCUGCGCUUCCCAUCCUCCACAGUCAUGGGGCCCGUCCCGUUCUCGGCCUUCAGCCAGCUCUCCACCCUGCAGCGUGCUCUGCUCUGGAAGACCCUGCUCCCACACUGCCUGGCUGCCGUGGCGGACGACCUGGCAGCCUGCCUGCUGGGCCAGCCCGCUGGGGCCUCCUUCACGGGUGCUGCCCCAGAGAUGAUCUCCACCAUCCUAGAUAAAGCAGAGGACCCGAUCAUUCUCAUGCUACCAGGGCAGAAGGGACAGCCAUAUACUCACCCACUGCGCUGGCUGAACCAGGCUGCCCAGUGCCUGCCGGACAAAAAGGUGAACAUUCGAGUUGUUACCUUUGGAGGAAAGUGUCACAAGGAAGCUGUGCUUGCAGUACUGGAUGAGGCUGUCCAGAAAGGCCAUUGGCUGGUUUUUAACAAUUGUCAUUUACUGGACCAAUGGGAUGACGAUGUGGUGUACAGGCUAACUCAAUUAGUGUCCUGUACUGGUCAGGGUAACAUAACUGGUGUAAAGCAAGAAAAAAAUCUGAGCCCAAGCAGAGAUGGUAGCAGACUGGCGCAGCCAGGCUUCAGGCUGUGGUUUAUCUGCCAAGCCCAGGUUCCCUUCUCCAUACCAGUGGCAGUGAGGAUGAAUGCGACAUGUCUGGUGUGCAGUUCCCCGAGGGACCUGAAGGGGGUGCUAAGUUACUCACUGCAGCAGUCUGCCUCUGCCACUUGGGCUGCCUCUACUUCUUCAGAAGCUCUUCUGCAAUGUUCCAUCCUGCAUUCAGUACUACUGCAGCAUCAAAUAUACCUGGGUCAGGGACAUCACUAUAGCUGGGGAUCAAACCAUAUCUGCUGCUCGGAGAGCUUGAUGCAGCUCAAACUCAUAUCUUGCAUUAUUUAUGUGUUAUUCUCCUUGGUAGAAUCCUGGCAUCAGUUUUUUUCAGUUAGCAUUAUGUUCUUUGGUCUCCAUCCAAGUUGCAUUAAUGAGAAGCUUCCAUGCAGGACGCAGGAGGACUUGCUUGCGCUGCUGGGUGCCGAGGUCCAGAUUGCUGGCCGCCUUGCUGACCCAGCUGCUGUGCUGGAGUACAUAGCAGCUGCUUUAGUGUAUGGAGGACAGAUUGCAGACUUGGUGGAUUUGGAGACUGUGCAAAGCUUGGCCAGAGUCUGUGUCAGACCGUCGCCUUCUUCUCAGUGGGACAGUGGCCCCCUCUCUGAACUCUUCAAGAUAUCUGGGUGCUCUGGUUUGGCUGAGCAGCUGAAUGGACUGCUGGGCCAGGUUCAUGGCCUCCCCCACCACAGCGACCCCACACUGCUGGGCUUUACCUUCAGGCUGGACGUGGAGCUGGUGAAAGAGCAGAGCCACUCCCUGGACCUUCUCCUUCAGCAGCUGCCCGGCCCCUGGGACCACUUACCAAGGAGCAGGAUGGAAGGAGACGGCCCUCCAGGGUCUGAUCUGCAGCACGUCAGGGCCAGACUGCUGACCCUGAGGGACAUGCUGGACAGAAAGAGAAGCCAGAGACCUGUGGCCACCAGUGCAGUGUUCCAGCGUCCCCUGCGGCAUUUCCUUAAGCAGGAGAUGGACCGUCUUAUGGAGGUUGUAUCAUCACUACUUGCAGGUCUCACACACUCUCCCCAAAACAGCGCACAGGCCUCCCCGACUCCCACUCUUUUAGGCCUGUCCUGCGUGGAAAAGCAAGCAGAGCUACUCAGUGCCUACCUGCAGGAAGAAUCCAACUGCACUUACUGCCUCUCUGCGUUCAUCAACCCCCACGGCUUCCUAGCGGCCCUGGUUAGGGAAGGAAUCCGGGACAAGCAUGGCGACAUCAGCCAGGUCUUCCUGCACUUCCAGGUGCUCAGUGCUGUAGGGCUGCCAGACUCUGCUCCUGAUUCUGGGGCUUACUUAUGUGGUCUGGAACUGCAAGGAGCACAGUGGGCCACACAGCUGGGGGCCCUGCAAGGCACUUCCUCUUCAAAACGCUGCCCGUUUCCCAUCCUGUGGGUCCGACCUAAAAGCAGGGCUGUGAAGUCGAGCUGGUCUCAGGAUAACCCUCCCCCCAGUGUUCUGUCUUCCCUGCCCCUGUACCACUGCCCUCUCUACCUGGAGGGGGUGUCUGCGGACACUGGAAUGAGUUUGGAGAAGAAUAUAAUUGCACGAGUCCCUCUAGCAACCGAACUGGAUCCAGGGCUGUGUGCAGUGAGGCGGGUGAGGCUGAUAAGCUCUCUGCGACCCUCUGAGAGCUACAAGUUGUCACAGUGGCAUUAGCCCAUGGGGUUCCCAAACUUUUCAGCCCACAAUCUUCAAAUUAACAGUGCCAGAGACUCACGACCCCGUCCCUGUCCUGAUGGGCUCCCCUUCAGUAGAUGUUGAUCACCAGUUGAGAUUACAGUUAAUUUUUUUAAUAAACAUACUCUGGAAAUCAUCUCGCCUUUGCCCAUCAAAAACAGUGUACACUAUAUCAUAAAACUGGACCAAGAUUCAGUUCUAUAGGUUACUUAAAGUUAUUACAAGGUAAAUAAAAAUGACGAUUCAACUCAACAUUUUAGGAACAGUUCUUAUUUUUUUGCCAAACUGGCUCAAUAUAAAACAAUGUACAUAAAUAAAACCUUCCUCA